GAUUAUGAAAUGUCAACCACCCAAAAUUGUCAACUGUCAGCUGAGUGCGGGUGCUUAUAAACUUGAUUAUUUUUUGUAAUUUUUAAAAGAAAAGUUAAUUAAUAUUAGGCGAUGAAGUAUUCAUAUAGGAAGACGGCGAUUGAAUUAAUAAAUUAAUAUGUAUGGAAGUUAAUAAAAGGUAGAAAAUGUCGCAGUUACUCCAAGACAUCUUUGACUUGAAAGCAAUUUUAAAAGAUAUCGAUAUUCGACUAAACUGUAGAAUUGAAAGUGGUAUUAAACAAUUAUUAGCUAUAAUCACUAAUGAAGGGGAUAUAAUCGUUCAUUAUACUUAUGGUGAAUUACCAGCGAUAGUUAAACGAAUACCAUGGUUUAGCGAAAGUAAUAAAACGAUUCAAGCAAUUUGUUUUGAUCCAUCGGCGACAUGGUUGUUAGUAACAUGUUCGGAUAAUUCCUUGUACAUAAUUCCAGCUUUAAGUUUGGUAGAUAAGAAACAAAAAAUUGAUUGUAAAUGGUCGGUAACUGAUUUAACACAUUUUCCAAAACAUCCUUUAGCACCCGAUUCAAAACCCCUUUGCGCCAUUUGGUGGCAAACUUUAGAAUGUAACCAAAACGCUUUAAUAGGUUAUGAAAACGGUUCAAUUGGAUUAAUAAGUUUAACGGAUGGGCGAUGUUUAGGAUAUUGUACUAUAAGCGAACCGGUUAUUCAAUUAAUUAUUUGCCAAGAUAAUAGCCAAGAUACUGUAGCUUUAUUAAUUAACGCUAACAGUGGGCAGCAAUAUCGGUUACUUUUGGAGCAGCCUUCCGUCGGUUAUUUAUGGCCACCUGAAGCUUAUAAUUUAAAUGAAGAUUCAACGCGAUCCCGGUUAUACAAUUUACGCCAAUUGGGGGUUGAUAAAUUUUUCUCUUUUAAACAACGUAUAGUCGAUGGAGGCCGAGGACCCCGAAGAGACAGCCAAGCUAGUGAUACAACAAGUGAGUCAUCACAUUCGGAGCAUUCAUCAACAGCUUCAGUACCAGAAUUAUUACCGAGACUUUGUGAUACGUAUUUCGCCUCGCAAUAUGCUAAAAAUCGAUAUUUGUUUUCGGCCUUUUAUAAACCCACAGCACUUUUAACGGUACAUGCUUCGGAUAUAGAAUCAGCACCUUUGUACAUUCAUCGUCUACCUCUGCAAACUAAACAAUUACUUUUAACGGAUCGGUUAAUUUUUACAGUUCACGAUGAUUUAACGACCAUAUCUGUGGUUAGUUUUCAAUUGUCGGAGUGUAAUUUAGAAGGAGAAUCGCUCUUUAAUCAACAUGCUUUAUUGGCACAAUUCAAAGUACAAAAUGAUGAGAAAAUCCUCGAUAUGUACAAGUUAACGGAUGUAACAAUCAUAAAAGGUUCCAGAAAAGAUGAGAAAAAAGAUAAUAAAACUUAUUCCUUACCAAAAACGUUGGAUGAUUUAAAUCUACGAAAAACUAAAAUUGAUACUUGUGUUAUAGUUACAACAAAUUCUGUUUAUAAAUUAAUAUUAAAUUGUCAACCUUCGUAUAAAUUUAUUAAACUAAUUAACGAAGAAUGGAACGUUGAUUUAGCUGAAUAUUUAGCGGUUAUUUUCAGUUUAAAUAUGCAACAUCUUUUGGAAUGUUGUGGAGAUCUUCUUAUAUCAAAUGGUGCUUUCCAUCAAGGUUUAAUUCUUUACAAACAAGCUAAAGUACAUCUUUUGAAGCGUGUUUUAAAAGUUGCUGUAACUUCGGAUUGUACAGCUUUAUUAAAGUUUGUUAAUUUAUGUUUGAGUGCUAGCAAAAUUGAUAUGUCGAUGGCUACAAAAAUCCAUAUUGGAAAUUUAGCCGUUAUGGCUUACACAGAAUUGGUUUUAAGACAUGGAGGUCAUAUGAGAGUGGCAAAUAAUAAAGAAUUUAUGAAUUUUUUAUAUUACGAAGAAUAUUACGAUCAAAUCUUGGCAGUAAAUGUAGCUUGUCGAGCAGCUCAUUGGAGUAUCGUAGCAUUAUUGGCAAAAUCCCGUGGUCUUCAACCUGAAGUAGUGGACGCUCUAAGCCUAACGAUUCAAUCUUCAAAACUCCAAUUAAACGAAGAUUAUGAAUUCUUAUUAGCACUUUCCGAGCCGUGUUUAACACAAAGUCUCUUAACGAACGGGCCAGGAAGUCACGUGAUCUUCAAAUUUAUUAAAACCAACCUUCAAACGUUUCCUAUAAAUAUUUUACAAAGAUUUUCAAUGCAAUUGGAUCCUAGCCAACCGGGUGCACUCUCUUUAGUCUCGAAAUUAUUUAAUAAAUCCUCAAGAACUUUAUCCAGUUUAGAAUCAACGGUGGAUUCGUUAGAUUUGGAAACUUCGCCGCAAGCUGCUGUUAUUGUUCGAGAAUUCAUUGAAACGUUUAUUUUUGUUGUUAUCGGGUUGGUGGCUAAAACUGAUAAUAAUGAAUACGACAUCGAUUUAUUAGAUAACAUCGAUGAAGAGAAUAUUGGGGAAAAUUCGGAAAGUAUUAUUAAAAAAUUGCCCGAUUUUAAACCGUUAUCGUGUGGUUAUGAACACGCUGCUGUCGUCAGAAAUAAUUGUGUUUUCACAAUGGGGGUGACAACAUCUGGAUGUUUAGGUUUAGGACCAAUUUUAAGUCAAAGUAGCCCACCUAGGCUAGUUCAAAUGUUAGCCGAUUUGAGGAUUAGAGUUUUAAGUGUUAGUUGUGGAAGAAAACAUACAGUUGCUUUAACUGAUUUUGGGAUUUACGCUUGGGGUUCUAAUUCUCAUGGGCAACUCGGUUUAGGUCCCUUUGUAAGAGACACUCCUUAUCCUCAAGUAAUAACCGCUUUAACUGGAAUUUGUAUCAUUGAUAUAGCAUCGGGACAAUAUCACACAUUAGCGUUAACAUCGACGGGAAAAGUUUACAGUUGGGGUUGGGGUAUUCACGGACAAUUAGGACAUGGGUCUUGUAAUAAUGAAUAUUAUCCCAAGUUACUUGAAUUUGAUGAGAUUGUGGUGCAAAUAACUGGUGGUCAUGCUCAUAGUUUAAUUUUAACCGAAACUGGAAAGAUUUUUGGGUUUGGUUCAAACGUUUUUGGUCAAUUGGAAUGUAAUAAUGUUGAGGGGGCUAUUAAUAAAUCAAAUAAACCUGUUUGGAUUGUUGUUAUGCCAGAUAUGUAUGUUCCAGUUGAAAGAAUAGCUACAUCGUAUUUUCAUAACAUUUGCGUACAUUCAAAUCAAGUUGUUUAUACAUGGGGUGCGAAUCCUCAAGAAGUCCGAAUAUCAAUGACCAAAUACAGCCAAAAAAAGUUUGGUACAAAUGGAAAGCCUUAUGAGCCAUGGAGAGGAAGUUGCAACGUUUACACAAGUUCAAUUAAUAAACCAAUAGAGCAAGUUGCAACCGGAUUUCGACAUUCGGUUAUUUUACAUAAUGGAAAAUUAGUUUGGAAUAAAGUUAAAGAAGGUGAAAUGUCCUCUCCGAAAUUGCGAGAUGAAGAUAGUGCUUUAACGGCAACUUUAGGGCAACGAUUUUUGCAUGUUUCUUGCGGUUUAGAUUACGUAAUGGCGUUGGAUACUAACGGAAAAGUUUUAGCGUGGGGUAACAACACAAUGGCUCAGACUUUACUGGGUCGAGCUUACGAAGAUUUUCAAGAUGGAAAAAUGUUGCUUCUUCGAAACACAAAGCGUAUACUUAAAGUACCUCAAAAUCAACAACAAAAUACGGAAGCAUAUCCAAUAGAAGUACCAAAUUUACCAACAAUGGCGAUUACUUAUAAUCCAACGGAUCAUAAUUUAUUAUUAAAUCAAAAAUUACCUUUUUAUCGUAUCUUUAAUAUUGAAAAUAAUGAUUUUUACCCCGAGAAUUAUUAUGGUUAUUAUGACUCAGAAGCUGUUUUAUCAAAAUGUUUAUCGUUUGAAAGUUAUCAAGCUGCGAGUAAAAUAGCAUUUUUAGAUGGAAGAUUUAGUGAUAGUUUAGGUUUCCAAUUAAACGCGUUUAAAAAUAAUGUACCUGCAAAUUUUACAAGUUUUAGAUAA